AUGAAAGAUAUUAUCGAACUACUCGACUUACCAGAUGAAAUGAUCUUGAACAUAAUGAACAAAGUCAAACCUCAAGCAUUAUUGUUUUGUUCUGUUAUUAAUAUUGGAAAUAAUCGUUUGGAACGUCUUGCUCUUGAUAAAUGUCAUUCAAUUGAUCUAAGUUUUGAUUAUCAAUUUAAUUCUCAUGAAUUACUUCUCAAACGAUUUUAUAUAGAUGUUUUGCCUCAUAUUUAUAAUAAUAUUCAAUCAUUGACAAUCAAUAUAAAACAUUUCUUCCCUAUUCAUGCUGCUCUCCAAGCAAUGCCUGAUAAACUUCUUCCAAAUUUAAGACAUUUGAAAAUAUUAAAAGGUCGUCGUCAUCGUUAUACUGGAACACCUUUCACAAUAGGUAUUCAUUACGACCUUGACACACAUGAUUGGCCUCUUUUCUCAACUGUACCUCAAUCUGUUCAUAUGGAAGUUCAACUCAUUGAUUCAGUGUUAUUAUUCAUCCGCUGGUCACCACUUAUGCAUUCUAUCAAAUCUUUUGAAUUUGAUCAUGAUGUUGUGCUAGUAGUGCCUGUCAAUAAUGAUAAAUUAUUCUUUGCUAAAUCAUCUUAUCUUACUCAUGUAUCUAUCACAUUACUUGAAUUAUCUGAUUGUGUUCGUUUACUGAAUGAACUAGGUUCCCAAUUACAUUCAUUUAUUGUGAGCAUUAUGCACGUUUGUCUAGACGAUGAAGAUAUCAUAUCUGAAAUCGAAGCAAUAUAUUGUUACAACUUAAAAGAAUUAAAAAUGACAAUGUAUCGUAAUAUUAUAAACUAUGAACAACUUAUUAUUCCUCUGCUACAACAUUUAUCAAGUGUCGAACAUUUAACAUUAUUAUUAGCCAUUUAUAUAAAUGAAUCUGAUCGGUUUAUUGAUGGUUUUCAUUUAGAAAGAAAUAUUGUUUCAUAUAUGCCUCAUUUACGUCAAUUUAAUUUUCAUAUUCGUUCAAUAUUACAAGAUUCUUCUUAUAUCGAAGUUGAUACAAUUCGUCAAAGUUUUAUCAACCAACAGUCUGCUGAUUGCACAAUUGACUGUUUCAAUAAUCAAUAUAGUCAAUGUCACAUCUAUUCACUUCCAUUCAUUGGCAAUCGUCUUGAUUUCAUUUCAAAUAGAUUUCCACUCUUUGAUAUCAAUAACACGUUCUCAAUGGUCACCAUCCUAUUACUUUUCGAUGAUGUUCAACCAUUCGAAAGUGAUUUCUUUAUACGUGUCUUUCGAGCUCUACCUCAUCUUCGAACACUUGAAAUAUCAAAUCAAUUAGAACAAGAAGAGAAAACGAAAACAAUAACUGAUCCUAUUGAAUAUUCUCACUUGUCUACACUUAUUUUACAUAGGAUUCAUAUAGAUUAUGGCAAACAACUUCUUUGUCGAGCUCAUCUUCCACAUCUAGUGGAACUUGUUAUUCGUAACGAUGUAUUAUUAACAAUAAUCGAUCAAGAUAAUCAACAAGCUAGAAAUAAUUGUUUAAAUGUUGAAACACUUUUUAUUGUCGAACCAUGGAUUGAACCGAGAAGUGUUCACUUAAAAUUUUUUCCAAAACUUUAUAUGGAAAAUUUGUAA